AUGGCUACGAACGAAUACCUCGAUACAACCCUGGGUUUGCCUCUGGCAAAUGAUCAGGGAUCUGAGAUCGACUAUAUGUCGCAAGAUGAGUUAGAAGAUGCCGAGCAGACAGCUCACGGCUCCCACGUCCAUAACCUCCCCCACCAGGGCGAGAUCUCGAGAGAUGAGCAACAUGCUCUAGCUAACUAUCCCCAGAUGUCCCAGGAGCAGCAAGCUCCGACUAAUCUGGUCCAGAUGUCCCAAGAGCAACAAGCUCGCGGCUUAGCAACAUCGAAUGAUUUGGACGAAGAUACCGAAACUGUUCAAUAUGGAACACAGCAUAGGGGAAAUCUCCCGAUCUCCAUGCAAGGAAUAAGAGAAGCCCUCCCAGGAGCCUCUACGGUGGCAUCAUCAGUGGUUGCCCCCGAAGAGCACCAAGAUCAGUUUGUGCCUCCACCAGCCAACUUGACAUGUGGCAACUGUGGUCAGCCAAGCCACUCCGUUCAAAUGCGCCUUUCUCCGCUUGAUGAUGGCGGCUUCAUCAACGCCUGUCCUUGGUGCAAUACCAAUUUACACAACGCUGCGACUUGCACCCGGCAACGGCGCACUACAAGAGAAGCUAGGACCUUCUUCAUUGUCAAGAGGUACAAUAAACCACCCAUCCGAUGUCCGUGGGAUCUUUGGGACUUAGAUCUCGAUGCUUGGCGACGGAGGCCCCAAUGCCCACAAAGCGGCAGAUUCGCCCUCGAAAGACAUCAAGUACAUAGGCCACAACUUCCGUUCCAACACGUUGUAGAUCCUCUAGUGGCUCAAUUCGACCAGAUUCCUGCCGCUGAACAGACCCCAGAGGGGUGGAAGGCAAGAUUCGGAAACGCGUUUACCCGGGGUGAGACCGAGCCAGGUCUCCCGGUGAAUGUACUCUACAGACCAGUACCCCAUCGUCAUGCUGCUGCGCGACGGGGGGGUCGUGGUGCUCUGGCAGCUGAACAGGCACCGCGCUUGAGGGACUCCAUGCAUAAUCCCGAAAACCGUCGAUUUACCGGCAAUAACCCCGGCAGAGAUUAUUCACGGUGGUCCAGAUCUACCCACAAUCCGCGGAACCAAUCCCAGCCCGCAUAUGGACCUAGAAUGGGAAUGGGAAACGAUCCUCAGUUAAUGAACUUCGUUGGAUCGGCCCUUGAGAUGGCCGGCUCAUCCACUUUCAAUCGGAUGAUGAGCUUAAUAAACUCCCAAUCUGGGACAGUUGCCAACAAUGCUGGGGCCACGUUCGGCAACUACCGAGGUGGUGGCAGAGGAGGACGCAGAAACAGACACCGCGGCAGAGGCGGCGGAGGCGACAUACGAUCCCAGUAUCGUGAUCUCCCUGGUGGCCCAAACAGAGGGCCGGAAAGAAACAGAGGUGGCUAUCAAUAG